AUGGUUAAAAACAAUAAGUAUAGAAGCCGUAGAUAUUCACAUCAUUUAUAUAAUAUAUUUAAACACAAAAUAAAAUAUAAACACGCAUCGUUCGGAACAUGGAAGAGUUGCCGUAAACUGACCUAUUCCGUAGGCACGAGCUGCCCCAGAUCGUUCCACAAGGAGUGCCUCGAGCACCAGCUAGGCCCUACGACCCUGGCAGAGCUGGAGGCGGAGGGGUACACGUGCGACUCGUGCGUGCAGUACGCCCAGGAGCUCGAAAUAGUCAACGACGAGCGCUGCAAAAUAUGCCGUGAACGUAACAGAGACGAGUCGGACGUACUACUGCUUUGCGAUGGCUGCCCAAACAGUUACCAUAUGUCAUGCCUAGAGCUGCAGGUGGAACCAGAUAGUGAAAAGUGGUACUGUCCAAUGUGCAGGCCCGAGGCAUUCGAGAGAGUUAACCUGCGCAGAAGAAACCCACUCAUGGAAGCGUCAGAACACGUCAACUCGUCCAUCUGCUACGUGUGCCAGAGACACGGGAAGCUGCUGGGAUGCGACUUCUGUUCAAACUCGUUUCACUACGACUGCCUCCCGGAGUUCGACAUAGACACUAUAUCGGACACCUGGGAGUGCCCGUGCUGCCGAGGAGAGGACCCGUUUAUAAAUCAGAUGCACAAGAGGUGGACUGUGGCGCAGAUAGAGAAAAACAGUAAGACGAGAAGGAAGUGUAUGCUCCUGUGGAGAGGAGUCAUAACGCGCUACAGAAACAGAUUCAUACUAGCACACCGCUCAGAAUUGUCGACAUUCGUGACACCUAAGAUCAUGGAUCAGCUUAUGCGUUCAUUCUUAAGCAACAAAUCUAAGAGUAAGAAGAACAAGUAUACGGAUGUGCAAACACAUUUGGAGCUGCUACAAGAGGAGCAAUCAAUCGAGUCAAAUAAAUUCGUGAUAAAGGCAAGGAAAAGUAUAUACUACCCAAGUGGAAGGAUUAAAGAUAACAGACCGAUGCGAUCAGGAGUAAGCCUGAAGCCACACCAGGAAGACGGAGUAGAUUGGUUGUUGAAGUCCUUUUUAACAGGAGGAGCAAUUCUAGCAGACGAAAUGGGGCUUGGAAAGACGAUACAGACACUGUGCUUUUUAAGUUAUUUAAAAAUGAUGAACAUAGAAGGGCCGCAUCUGAUAGUGGUACCGCUGAGCACAGUGGGAAACUGGCUGCGAGAGAUACACAGGUUCACGCCACACCUAACAGUUAUUAAAAUAUGCGGUUCGAAAACAGAACGACAGCACGCAAUGUCAGAUAGACUGUCAUACAGCGGCCUGUACGACCUGUUUGUGACAACGUAUGAAACAGUUAAGUGCGAAGAAGGAUUCUUCGUGGAAACAGUGCCCAGAUGGCAGUGCCUUAUAUUAGACGAAGCACACAGGAUUAAGAAUCAAUCGGGAGCAGUGAGGCACUCGAUGGACAGAAUAGUGUCAAACAUGAGACUGUUGUUGACAGGAACGCCGUUGCAAAAUAACGCGCAAGAGUUGUUCACAUUGAUUAAUUUCAUGUUCCCGGAAUUGUUUAGAGAUUCAGAGAUAAUGGAAAGGGCAUUUAAUGUUAAAAGAAAGUUUCAACAAACGGAUGAAGUGGAGUUCACAACACAGGACCUGGAAGCAAUAAAGUUACUGCUGUCAACCAUAAUGUUGAGAAGGCUGAAGGAGGAGGCAAUAAGCCUGCCGAAAAAGGUGUUCCAUGACGUAUGGUUGCCACUGAGUAGCGAAACGCUAAAAUGGUAUAGAAUGCUGAUGAACAUAAAGUCGCUGAUGAAAGAAAAUGUAUCAAUAAAGAAGCUACUGGGAAUAGUGAUAAAGAUGAGAAUAGUGUGCGGUCACCCGAGAGGGAUAGUGAGUAGAGUGCCACAGAUGGAAAAACUCUUUGAGUUCUUCCAGCAAGAGGAAGCUAAGGUACUAAAAAAAAUGGAAGAAGAAGCAAAUGACCUUAAAAACCUUACAGGAAAACCGCACAUACACGCCUCAGCGAAGCUGACGUUCCUAGAUAAGCUGCUCUGCCAGCUGCACUACGAAAACUGUAGACUGGUGCCAGACUACUAUAAGAAGUAUAACCAGCACCUGAGGUCGCUGGACCAGUCACUGUACAGACACUUCACGACGCCGAACGCAGGAACCUCGACCGGAGGAGGACACAACGCAGUAAAUUUCUCAAACGCAGUAAACGUAAUAAAAGGAGAAACAGUAGAAACAGGACCUCAAGUAAAAAAGGAGAGUGAAACGAGUACAAACGGAGAAGCGAAAGAAGAAUCAGAAGGAGGCGUGAGUAAUAAGGUCAGCCCACAGGAAAAGAAGGAAGAGGAUAGAGAAAGGGUAGGAGUGAAAGAGGUCGAUCGCAACAAGAAGAGCUCGGAAAAUAAAGAUGUAAAAAAGGAAAAUGAAAGUAAGUUGCAAAGCUGUGGAAACGAAGAGGAAAGGAGUACAGAGAAAGAAAUGAAAGGCAGUGGUUUGGAAGAAAUGAAAGGCAGCAUCAAUGUAGCGGAAAAAAAUAAGCAUAGUAAGCUCAUGGAAACAAUGCAGAGUAGCAACAAGGAGUUUAGUAAAAGUGGAAACAUGGAAGAGGUAAGUAUAGGAAAGGCACUUCAGAAGAGUUUGGAAGAAAGAGAAGAAGAAAGUAGUGUACAUAAGAGAGAUGAAAUGAAUAAAAUGGGAUUAGUGAAGUUAACGGAAAGUAGUAGUAACAUGGGACUAGAUAAGAACGUAAAAAUGGAAUUAGAUGGUACCAAUAACAAAGGAAUGACAGUGGAUGGUACAGAUAACGGUACCACGCAAACAAGUAACAAGGCCAGUACGACGCUAAUUGAAAGUAUAAAGCAAGUAAACCUAUCGCAAAAUUGCCCAUACGUGUCAAUGAAAAUAUACGAAAAGGCGCUGAAGCAAGAAGACAAGUAUAAAAACACGAAGAAGAGAACAUUUAGAUUUGAAAGCACAAAAUUCAUUACCAAGAGAAGAAGAAACGAUACCAUAUUACGUUAA